CUUCCUCCCGGAAGCGGGCCUGGGCGGAUGUCUCCAGCGCGUCCGUGCACGGGGCUGAGGGCCGCUGUGGCUGCCAGCGUAGGGCUGAGCGAUGGGGCAGCGGGCUCUGCCCGCAGUUGCCGCCUCCUUCGCCCACCCAGCCCCGCUCCGGCGGCGCCGGGGGCUCGGCUGUUGCGGCUCCCGGGGAGUGGGGCCGUGCAGGCCGCAAGCCCCGAGCGCGCCGGCUGGACCGAGGCGCUUCGGGCCGCCGUGGCCGAGCUGCGCGCCGGAGCCGUGGUGGCUGUUCCCACCGACACGCUGUACGGCCUGGCCUGCUCGGCGAGCUGCUCAGAGGCACUGGGCGCUGUCUACCGCCUCAAGGGCCGCUGCGAGGCCAAGCCGCUGGCCGUAUGCCUGGGCCGCGUGGCCGACGUCUACAGGUACUGCCAAGUGACAGUGCCCGAGGAGCUCCUGAAAGACCUAUUGCCAGGGCCAGUGACUCUGGUGAUGGAACGCUCCGAGGAGCUCAACAAAGACCUGAAUCCAUUUACUCCUCUUGUAGGCAUCCGGAUUCCUGACCAUGCCUUCAUGCAGGACUUGGCACAGAUGUUUGGGGGACCUCUUGCUCUCACCAGUGCCAACCUCAGUUCCCAGGCCAGUUCUCUGAACAUUGAGGAGUUCCAAGACCUCUGGCCUCAUUUGUCCCUGAUCAUUAAUGGGGGACCAAUUGGGGAUGGCCAAAGCCCUGAGUGUCGCCUUGGCUCUACUGUGGUGGACUUAUCUGUGCCUGGAAAGUUUGGCAUUAUUCGUCCAGGCUGUGCCCUGGAAAACACUACAGCCAUCCUGCAACAGAAGUAUGGGCUGCUCCCUUCACAUGGGUCCUGUUCAUGACACUGUGGAGGAGUGAGGACUCAAAGAUGCUGCUGGAUACUAUGUGUCUGUUCGCUGCUGGUGAUUGGGAAGGCCUCAUUUGCAGAGACCAGUGGAGCCAUUGUCAGUAGCCUAAUCAUGGUGCCUUUAGGUACCAUGUUUUUCUAAGCACUGUAGACCAGAAGCUGCUGGUUUAGCCUCAUACCUGGAGGGAAGGUUAUAUUUAUUCUAUAGUUUAAAAUACCAGUCAAAAGUUGAAUAAAGACUUUUAAGAACAUUCCUGGCCUUAUUCUGAUAAGUAUGUGUUGUGGCCCCCUACCUCUGUCUCUUUCUUUCAAAUUGAAAAGUAAUUUAAGCUGGGCAUGGUAUUGCAUGUGCCUAUAACUCUAGUACCUGUAAUUGUAGCACUCAGGUUGAGGCAGGAGGAUUGUGAGUUCAAGGCCAACUUGGUCUACAAAGUAAGUUGAAGGCCAUCCUGAGCUACAUAACAAGACCCUGUCUCCAAAGAAAAAGUAAUUCAAGAAAUAGAUUUAGAAUCUAGUGAGAGCCUCUUCUGUGGUAGGUAGUGUCAUUUUAAAGUCCAAACCAGCUAGAAGUGUUAAUGUAGUUUAAAAGUCUCAGGCAUGGGUUUGGGCUCCUAAAGCUGGAACUGAGUUAGGGUAAAGAUUGUAGAGCUGCAGGCCAAUUCUCCAUUGAACCAGAGGGAAGUCAUUUUUGGUCUAAUGGCGGGAAAUCUUAGGGAGGGAUCCAAAUUAAGCAAUAUUUUGAAAUAAAUCUCUCUUAUCCUUUUCAACCAGUGACUUUUCCUUAUUUAUCUUUAAAGUCAUGUGUACAAUGCCUUUAACUCCAGUGUUUGUUUACUCAGCAGCCUUUUAUCUUUAUUCCUAUGUAUACCAAGUGUUACACAUAAUUGUUGGACAUUUAAACCUUGUUUUUCUUUAUUAAAAAUGCUGUUAAACAUUUGCAAAUGAUUUAUUUUUCUUUUGAAUUAUUUCCUUAGGGUAGGUUACCAGGUCAAAGUGUACAAAUGCAUUUAUGGCUCUUGAUGUUGAUUAGCCUUCAAAAGACCUGAAUCGAGUUUCAUUGCCAUCAGCGGUGUGUGAGGAUGGCCGCAUCUUUCUCUUGGCCUUGCUGUAGUUUUUCAAAUUCUGUAU